CUUGUUUCAUACUUUUAUCAACGCAUGGAGCUCCUUUUUGCAUAUUUGAUCAUCUUCGCUGCCAUCUCCGGCGCUCUUGCUUCAGAUCCCGAUCCUCUUCAAGAUGUCUGCGUUGCAGAUUUUGCUUCAGGGGUAACGGUCAACGGAUUUGCAUGCAAGGAUGUCGCAAACAUAUCCGCGGCCGACUUCUCCUUCGAUGGCCUGGCUAAGGCAGGAGUUCCCAACAAUUCGUUGGGAGCCGUGGCGGCUGUGGCCACCGUGAACGAGAUUCCAGGGCUCAACACGAUGGGUCUUUCGUUGUCCCGAGCGGACUUUGCACCCGGCGGCCUAAUCCCACCUCACACCCACCCACGAGCCACCGAGAUGGUGUUCGUUCUGGACGGUGUAUUGGACGUCAGCUUCAUAACCACCUCAAACAUGCUGGUUUCUAAGACCGUUAAGAAGGGUGAAGUUUUUGUGUUCCCCCGAGGUCUGACUCACUUCCUGAAGAACAAUAGCGACAAGCCUGCCGCCGUCCUGGCCACCUUCAACAGCCAGUUGCCGGGGACGCAGGUGAUAGCACAAACGCUAUUCGCGGCAACGCCGGAAGUUCCAGACAAUGUGCUGACCAGAGCCUUCCAGAUUAGUACCGAGGAAGUUGAUAAAAUCAAGUCCAACUUGGCCCCAAAUAAGAAGUAGAAUUUACAUUUUGGAAAAUGACUCGUGUAAUUUUUCGUUUAUAGAUAAGUUUGUUUGAAUAAACCGACAAUAGUACGAGUUCAA